AGUCUGUUUGUAAGGAGGAAUGGCGACGGCCGCCGGAGCUCAGAAGUGAGGUCCUCCGCCGAGUCUGACCACUGAGCGCCCGCCUGGAGAGCGCCGCUGCACAGGUCGGCCCGUCUCUCAUCAUCAUUUACUUAACUCUGUUCAUCCGCUGUCACACACACCAUGCUCAACUCAAAUCAGCCUCGAUGUUUCGGUGUCAUUUGAAUGCUUUGUUAACGUCACACUGUAGUACAGUGUAAUUGCAUGCCGACGAUAUUUUCGUAUCGUUUGUGCAGAUGUGCAAGUAUAAGUGCCUUGUAGAAUUUGAAGAAAUGUUGAAUGAAUGUUUAACGUGUUUAGUCUUCGCUAUUUAAAUGUGCAUAAUGAAGUUAAUCUAUUAUCAUAUAGACUUAUAUUGCCUAGUUUAUUUAUUUAUUUAUUUAUUUUCUAUCAGAGAUCACACUUACCCAACAAAGUGCCAUGGAUUUUCAAAUAAAGUAAUACAGCUUUUUAGACAUGUAAUCCAAUACCAGGGUUUCUUUUUUUUUUCUUUUUACUUAUUUCUUUUUGUUGUUUUAUUUUCUGUUUAACCUUGCACUGGCAUUCCUAUGUUAUACCAUCACUACACAAUUCUAGCCUACAAUUAGCCCCUAGUCCAAACAAACAAGUAAACCCAUAUUUUGAUACUGUUCUUACUAAGUACAAUGUACUAAGCAGCUUCUUUGAUGUUGAAUUAAUUCAGACAUUUUGUUUCCUUCAAAAGAACUGUAAGUAAAUAUCUAUCCAGUGUUCUUUUUUGUCAUAUAAAGAAUCUAUCUGGAUGGGAGAAACCUCCUCAAACGAGGCUAUGAGUGAGUGAACUGUCUGAAUGAAUCAAACUGAAUCAUGGACAAUUUUACACCUUUUUGCAAACCAGUACAUGUUACAUAGUAAUCUCCACAGCGAUACUUCGCUGGGGUUUAUGCCUCAGUAAAAAGGCUGCCCUGUACCGUAGUAGCUAUAAAGCAAUUAAAUGGUAUUUGUUUAAGGCUCUCCCCGUGUUGAUGAACAAUAAAAUUGUCCCGUGUCAAUCUCGGUUUCAGUGCACAUCAGCUAACAAUGGAUGGUUCGCUGGUAAACUCCGGAAUACCACUGGCAUCACAAACAGUGGUUUCCUCAAUUACUCAAAGCUCUGGCAACUUGAGCGGGAAGCCUCGGGACAAGCGGAAGACUCCUGCAUUUCUGUCCAACUUGGGCAAGGCUACCUUAAGAGGCAUCCGCAAGUGCCCUCAGUGUGGCGUUUACAACGGCACCCGUGGCCUCAGCUGUAAGAACAAGGCCUGUGGAACCAUCUUCAGGGAUGGAGACCACGGAACGGGGCGUUUGAAGAAAGGGGCGUGCGAAGUGGUUCAAGUUGUGACAGACAGUGGAGGUGGCAGGGCUGGAGGACCGCAAGUGUUCUCUGUGCGUCAGCGGGGACGUGGCUCUGAACAGCGAGGCUUUGUUGAGCUAGUCCUCACGGAUACAGCUAUUACUACCGCAGAUGGAACCCUGUUGACCCGUGUCAACCUCGGUCGCUGUUACAUGCCCUCUUGCCAGCAACACGAAAGUGAGCUGACAGUAGAAGGUGGCCAUCAGCAAGUGUCGCAACAAUCCAAAAGUCCCUGUACCCAUGUGAAGCAAGCCAUGGAGUGUCAGACUCAAGCAACUCCUCUGCCACUCAAGAGCUCUGUGCUAGAGGCCCUAGUGGCCACUUCCCAGGCCAAGGAAGAGUUGUGGAGGCUGGCUACCGAAACACCAGGACCGCUGGUGCAGAGGGUCUCUAAAGGCACCCUAAUAGUGAAAUGCCAGCCAGGUGAAGCCCACCCUCUGGGACUGCUGCAUCUGACAGUGACCGUAUCUGGUGUUAAAGACAAAUCUGUGGGUCUGGCUCCCUUUCACUGUGCGUGUUAUGAACCAAAUACCAAUGGGGAUUUAGGGGUUAGAAGUGGGGGUCAGUCUAAUAUCAACGAAGGAGAAAAUUCCCACCAGCAUAGUUUACCUGAGCGCUGCCUUCAUUUCUAUGCUUGUGUGUGUGCCUUCACAAGUGAUGAAAAGCUGGCUUCUGAGUUUUCAACUUUCCUCAACUACAACAUCAACGGACUUCAGGAGAGGGCAGAUGCCGCAGCGCUCAGUAUGCCUGACUCUCAGCAGCACAUUGAGCCUUCCAUCUCUCAUCGUUCCAAGAGGCUCAGAUUUGUGGAGUCCUCUACAGGAAGUAGCCAGCCUGUGGAUGAGACACAUGUGUCACUGGGUUUCCAGCAGUGGCUGGCCAGUGUUACAGAGAGGAUCCAUCAGACGAUGCACUUUCAGUUUGAUGGAAAGCCUGAGCCAUUGGUGUUCCACAUCCCUCAGGCUUUCUUCAAUGCCUUACAGCAGCGUUUAUCAUUGGGCUCAAAGAAGAGACGACUCCCCAACUACACCACCACAUUUGUGCGUAAUGAUGCUUUGCCUCUGGGCCCUUUCUCUAAAUACACCUGGCACAUUACCAACUUGAUGCAUGUGAAACGCAUCUUUGAUACCCCAGAGUUACCUCUAGAGCUCACUCAGAGCUUUGUGAAGAACAGCGACGGCACCUAUUCACCGUACCGCUGUCGGGAAACUCCUCCUGAUCCUGGAUCAGACACCUGCCAAUAUUCACGCUCCAAUAAACCUCUGGCCAUCAGACCGCUGGAGCUACGUACCUUCCUCAGAGUGGGGCCAGCUGAGCAGACAGAGCCGGUGCCCUUUGUGAUCGAAUGGAUCCCAGACAUCCUUCCGCACUCAAAGGUGGGAGAACUGAGGAUCGGGUUUGAGUACGGUCAUCAGCUGGGCAGUAAACCGGAGCACUGCAAGAAAGAGCUGAACAAACAGAUGGCAUCCCACGGCAGUGAAGACCCACUGUAGUAACACCUCAUGCAGUUCCACAUUUUGAUGCACUUUAGAUGAGAAUGAGAAUCUUAUAAAGGUGCUACUCAGGAAAACGUUUAAAGUUUGCACGACAGCACUGGACAUACAAAUGUAAAAUAUUUAUUAUACAAGUGUAAAAUUACAGUGUACCAUGCUUUUUGUUCUGUACAAUAAUCUCACACAGGCAUGAUUUUGCCCUUUCUUGUUUUUCAGAAAUCAUGUGCAUUAAAAUGUUUGUGUUUACGUGUAA